AUGGCUGAGAACCAGCACGAGCGAGCGUAUCACAAGCAAUCCCAGAUCUUCCAGGGGCGCUUCCUUAGAAAGGACAACGCGCGAUGCCUCCGCUUCUACAAGUCCAUCGGCAUGGGCUAUCACACACCCAUAACGGCGAUCAACGGGACCUACAUCGACAAGAAGUGCCCCUUCACCGGCAACGUCUCCAUCCGCGGACGCAUUCUCCGCGGGGUCGUGCACUCCGCGAAGAUGCAGCGCUCUAUCAUCGUCCGUCGCGACUAUCUCCACUUUGUUCAGAAAUACAAGCGCUACGAGCGUCGCCACAAGCACGUCGCUGCACACCUUUCGCCGUGCUUCCGCGUCAAGGAGGGAGACAUCGUCACCAUUGGUGAGUGCCGCCCCCUGUCGAAGACGAUCAGAUUCAAUGUUAUCAAGGUCGAGCCUGUCAGCGAGGCCGCCAAGAAGCGCUUCUCGCCCUUCUAG